ACCGUGGCCGCUGGACGGGGGAAGGGAAGCUGAGAUUGGAGGGGGAAACAAUCAGAAACUGAGAUAGUAAAAUUUAUGAGUCCUCCUCCAAAAAAUUGUUGCCAUAAAGAACGCCAGUUCACCCAUGACCCGGAUCCGGAUGCCUGGCCUUCUUAUUGUUUCACAUGAGGCUUAAGAUAACUCAGUCAAUUAAAGUGUACUGCUAUCUCGAAGUGCUUAUUGGAUUUGUCUCGAGAGCCAAAGUAAUGGAAGUGUCUACUAUGAGGAGAUCUCAAGCCUGAAAAGCGAUGUCAUUAUCCAGCUUCUGGGCACCUCCGAUGGCGAUGAGGAGCAAAGCAACUGGCCAAGCAGAUCUGUGGAUGGGAGGAAGGAGGGAGGGUUCCGGGAAACGUGCCAUUUCCUCUGGGUGCUAGACUGGUAUCUGCACAUUCCGCUCCGUGUGCACACUCAAGGUUAGGAGAACAUAAGAGGAGGCUGUCUGCCUCUCGAACCAGUCGAACCAACAGUCAUCGUCAGUUCCCAGGGAAUACCCGAGAUGUUAACUACCCGGAUAUCUGUUACUAACUCGAUGAAGUCCAACUUGUGACCGUGGACGUUUUGAUCUAAUUGAAGCAUAAAUACUUGCAAUCACUACACAUGUGCGCUCAAGAAACCAUGGUAGUCCUUGUAGCAGCUUGUCAGCCCACGUCAGUCUGGGAUUUCAGAAGCCUUUAAAGGCAAAAUCGGGAAGACCCUUGCCAGUCAACACACUCAUAUGCAAUGGAAGAAGACACUGAUGUCACUUUCCACCUUGAGGGCCAAAACAGUUUGUCUCCUGAAUGUAAAUCAUCAGAGGAGACUACCAACGGACUUUCCAACCAAAAGCCUAUUAUGAAUGGAUUGAUUAUCAGUCAUAAUGUCAGAGACAACACCAACGGUUGUUCACCUCUCGCAUCUCUGCCGAUUUCAGCACUCAAGCAGAAUGGUCUCCUGCAGUCACUUGCAGGAGGAGGGGACCCAGCUAAACCUGCAGAAGAAAAUGAGGAGUUGGAAAAGGCCAGAGAAGAGUGGGAGGCUCUGGAGAACAGCCAACCAGCUCUCACUGAGGACUCAAACCCAACACCACUCAUCUCUUUCAAUGAAGCUCUCCAGUACUUCCAAACUACAGAUCUUGGGGACUUGCUUAAAAACAUCCAGCCAACUAUUCGCAGGACAGGUCUCGCUGCCAUCACACACUUCUUUUUUGGGCCCCCUCGACUACACAGGGAACUCACUGAGGAGCGGGACCUUGUUUUUGCCAUCGCGCAAUGCCACGUGGACAACAGCCAGACAGUCCACAUGCGCGUUCUCCAGACCAUUUAUAAAAGGCUUGUUGGCUGCAGGCUAGACUGUCCUCGUUAUGGGACACAUUGGGAAAAUAUUGGCUUUCAGGGUAUAGACCCAGCUACGGACCUGCGUGGCACUGGUUUCCUGGGACUCAUGCAUACUUUGUAUUUUGUGAUGGACCCGGAGACUUUGCCAUUGGCUCGAGACAUUUACAAGUUAUCCCAACACACUACACAGAACUUUCCUUUCAGUGUGAUGUCAAUCAACAUGACCCGCAUUGCGCUGCAGGUGCUCAGAGAGGAAGCCUUGUCUAAGGAAUGCAAUCGUCGACAGCAGGUGGUCGGCGUGUUGAAUGAGUUUUAUGUGGCAACAUAUCUGCAUUUGUACCAACUGUGGAAGACCCAACAGAAAACUAUUGCUGACUCUGGCUUUGUGAUAAAAGAAGUGGAGCUGUUUGCCAAAAAGAACCCAAAGCAGAUGCUUCGCCGACUAGAGGUCUUCCUGAAAGAGAGAAGGGCAGGUGGAGUCCCCCGUGGGACGUCGCCAGAGCCACCAGCUCAGCAGCCUUCACCCAGCCUGGAAGAACGAGCAGCGAGCGGACACGGAAGCAAGGCCAAGGAGAUGAACUUCACAGGGGUGUGUGAGCUACCAUCUGACAUGGAAAGGGACGCCAGACUCAUCUAAACUUGUGUGUAUUUUGUGCGCAUGUGUGUGUGGUUAUGUCGGAGAGUGCGUGUCUCCCAGAGAAUUAAAUGAAGAACGCUCUGCAUUACACUUUGCUAUCCGAAUCUAUCCAACAUGUCGCCCAGUCCUCUAAUGUUGGGGUGCUGCACUUUGUCAAGAUUACUUUUUUGUUGUUGUUUUAUGUGGUUGGUCAGAGCUAUAUUAUUUUUAUUUAUUUGAAUACAGAAAAGGCAAACAAAUGGAGUUGAUACAGGAUGUUACAAAACAAAGUGAACUAACUAGUCAUGGGCCAAUAUUAAUUUCUCUUGGUAGGAUAACUUUGAGUAAAAAUAUCACGGAAUCAAAAUUAAGCUCUAAAAUGUAUUAUUUGGAUAAAAAGGGGGUCAAAAACUUAAAGAGAAAGACGAGGUUUAGUAUGAAUUACCAUGGGGGAAAUAGCUGCUCAAAAAGAUCUAAAUAUGCAAAUCACAAAUUUAUUAGAACUAUGAGAACAGAAAAUAAUGUUUAAAAGACUUUGGAGUUGUGAACAGUGUGCAGCCACCUCUUCAACAAGCCCUCAACAAAGUGACAGGAAGCGUCCUCCGGUGGUGGACUACUUUUUACCCUCCUUCCUGUUCGUAUAGCCGAAACCCGAACACUGUUCGUAUAGCCGAAACCCGAACACUGUGGCAUACUGGCACGGCCGUCUCCUUUUCUUUGUUAUUUUUUCUGCAUAUGAAAUCCAUGUAUGAAACAACAAUACACUACACAACUGGAACUCGGGCGCACACUAGCACAGCAGAGCAGUUGCAGAUAUGCCACAUCGUACCAAACAAUAUCAACAUAAACCAAACUACGGCGAUAUAGACCGACCUACAGCCACAGCAGUAGGACUAAAUACUAAUGCUCUUUUUUUUCUUGAGGAAAAAUCCGUAAAUAUACGACUAAUUAAGAGACUACUCACAUGUAAACAUCGCAAUAGGCUAGGGUUAAUUUUCUAGGAAAUUGCUGUUUUGGCGGAUUAUCUGGAAUACUCCCAUUUGAUUGUCUAAAACGGUUCGGGCAUUUAAAAAAGUGCUCACAGCAAUUUUGUCGACUUCCGAGAAAGGUAUUAUAUUAACAUUUUUCUCCACUGUUACACAAAAAAAAAUUCAAGUAGAUAAGAUUCCAUCUCAUAGAUGCACCAUGCCUUAAUUGGCAUGGUGGUAUGAUCGGAUACCUUGACUUUUUAAAACCACGGUAUACAGUAGGGAGAACAAGUAUUUGAUACACUGCCGAUUUUGCUGGUUUUCCCACUUGCAAAGCAUGUAGAGGUCUGUAAUUUGUAUCAUAAGUUCUCUUCAACUGUGAGGGACGGAAUCUAAUACAAAAAAACAGAAAAUCACGUUGUAUGAUUUUUAAAUAAUAAAUUUGCAUUUAAUUGCAUGAAAUAAGUAUUUGAUACGUCACAAAAAUCGAACUUAAUAUUUGGUACAGAAACCUUUGUUUGCUAUUACAGAUACCAAACGUUUCCUGUAGUCCUUGACAAGGUUUGCACACACUGCAGCAGAGAUUUUGACCCACUCCUCCAUGCAGAUCUUCUCCAGAGCCUUCAGGUUUCGGGGCUGCUGCCGGGCAACACGGACUUUCAGCUCCCUCCAUAGAUUUUCUAUCGGGUUCAGAUCUGGUGACUGGCUAGGCCACUCCAGGACCUUAAGAUGCUUCUUACGGAGCCACUCUUUAGUUGCCUUGGCUGUGUGCUUUGGGUCGUUGUCAUGCUGGAAGACCCAGCCACGACCCUUCUUCAGGGCUCUCACUGAAGGAAGGUGAUUGUCAGCCAAGAUCUGGCGAUACAUAGCCCCAUCCAUCCUCCCCUCAAUACGGUGCAGUCGUCCUGUACCCUUGGCAGAGAAGCAGCCCCAAAAAAUGAUGUUUCCUCCUCCAUGUUUCAUGGUUGAGAUGGUGUUCUUGGGGUUGUUUUCAUCCUUCUUUUUCCUCCCAACACGACGAGCCGAGUUUAGACCAAAAAGUUCAAUUUUGGUCUCAUCCGACCACAUGACCUUCUCCCAUUGCUCCUCUGGAUCAUCCAGAUGGUCAGUGGCAAACUUCAGACGUGUCUGGACAUGCACUGGCUUCAGCAGCGGGACCUUGCGUGCGCUGUAGGAUUUUAAUCCAUGACGGCGUAAUGUGUUUCCCGAUGGUUUUCUUCAAGACUGUGGUUCCAGCUCUCUUCAGGUCAUUGACCAGGUCCUCACCUUCCUCAUGAUCAGUGAUGCCCCACAAGGUGAGAUUUUGCAUGGAGCCCCCGAACGAUGCGGAUUGACCGUCAACUUGAACUUCUUCCAUUUUCUAAUAAUCGCUCCAACAGUUGUUACCUUCUCACCAAGCUGCUUGCUUAUUUUCCUGUUGCCCAUCCCAGCCUUGUGCAGGUCUAUUAUUUUAUCCCUGAUGUCCUUAUGGUGUCCAUUGUGGAAAGGUUGGAGUUUGUUUGUUUGAGCAUGUGAACAGGUGUCUUUUAUACAGGUAACAAGUUCAAACAGGUGCAGUUACUUCCGGUAAUGAGUGGAGAACAGGAGGGGUUCUUAAAAAAGAACUAAGAGCCGAAAUAUUUACUAGUUGGUAAUGUAUCAAAUACUUAUUUCAUGCAGUUACAUACAAAUUUAAAAAUUAUACAAUGUGAUUUUCUGGAUUUUUGUAUUAGAUUCCGUCCCUCACAGUUGAAGAGAACUUAUGAUACAAAUUACAGACCUCUACAUGGCUGGCAAGAGGGAAAACCAGCAAAAUCGGCAGUGUAUCAAAUACUUGUUCUCCCCACUGUAGCUUCUAACCGAUUAUCGGCUAGAAUAAGUGAACAUUAGCUCUUCAAGUGAAAAUGAAAGUUUUAAAACUAAUUAUUUUUGUCAUAACUCCACCAGUAUAGGGUUUACACCUCUAAAUCUGGUUAUGCUGGUAUACGUCUCUUGAUCAACCACCUCAUUCACUGUCAGACAUUAUCAGUGCUUUUAUCACUGGGUCCUUACUAACCAGCAACACAACACCAUCAGAUCACAUGCAGUAACCUUUGAGCAGGGAGCAGGCUUCGUGUUAGCUUGCCUUCAAGUUUUGACCUAUUUGGAAUCGCACGCAGUAAAUCGAAGAUGUAACCAAAAAAAUGGUUUUUUUUUGUUUUUUGUUUUACUUUACAAAAACGGCUCUGGACUAUUGACACUAGAGAAUUGGUUCAAAAGUAUUUAUUUGUUAUUUGAUGUAUGAUUGACCAAAACGAAACAGAAAAUAUAUAUGAUAUAUGUGAUUUUUUUAAUUUCAGAAAUAUAUGAAGGAUUUAAACAGAACAUAGUGAAAUCUUACACAUAUUAGCAGCCUUUCAUUGUAAAAGUUUGAUAAGGCUUAAGCUGAAGGUCUAAUAUAAGCUUUGUGGACAUUCCGUUAGUAGCAUGUGAUUGUAGUUUGUUUGAUGAAUUUGUGCGCAAGUGUUUGAGUGUGUUUGAGCUGAUAUUGAGGGGUUUCUCCCUUAGAUAUGGUACAGUAUGCAAUUCCAGCUGACACUCAAUGAUAAUCAAAGUGUCAGUGCUGUGUGACGAUAUACAUCGUUCCUAACUUCAGGGCUUGUGUGUUUGCGACUUGUGUGACUUUUUUUUUUUUUUUUUUUUGGUGUGAGUGUCCAUGCAUCUUAGUGAUGACAUUUUGGUUGGUUGUCACGGUUCGAAGGGGAGAAUUGGAGUUAUAAAAGUGCACGUGUGAUUGAUUGUGCAUCUCGUUUGACAGGAACUAACUACAGAUGGGGUGCUUUCCUCCGCUCACAAUAAACCAGCUAUACUAAGUACUUUAUCCAUCCAGCCGCAAGCACGGUACUUAAGUUGUUAUUGGUACUAGGGAUGAACAUGAGCAAAAGUCAAACUCGCGGCUGGCCAAGAAUGGGUUAAAGCUCGUCGGCAAAGCUGGUCCGUGCUUUGUGCUCGUGUGAAAAUGUCUCCCAUGUUUUGUAGUCUCAAUCUGUAGCAUGUUCAGGUAGCACUAGUACUGUAGCAUCCUAUAGCCUCCUCCUUUGUGAAGCUUGUUGAUGUCAUGUUGACGUUGGUCUGUAGUGUCAAUGAGUGUGCGGACCUUUACUACUAUAGCACAUUCAUAUUUCAUGAUCCCCUUAGUAGACACACUUAAGGCAGCGCCGGUUGUGGGAAUGGGCUUGUAAAUCAGCUCUACUUUGUCUUCUAAGAAGGUAACAGUAAAAACGGUGCCUACAUCCCAUAAGGUCACACGCUCGCCUCCUACUUUUGUUUGUUCAGCCUCAGUGCCGCAGUACACCUAUUUCUAGCAAAGCAGCAGCUCUUGCUGUUUCCCCUAACCAUCUCCAUUCUUCAUCUCCUCACAAAUGAGACGACAGAGUUAGGCUAAUUGUUUGCAGGCGUUUUGCGACUGAUGAGGAACUUUGCACUGUUGUAGAUAAAACUGUAUGUGUGACGUAUGCAAAAGGGCCACCUUCAGGAGCCAUAAUGUUCAUUUGCGGCCACCUCAUUGAGUCCCCUAGCCUCUCUUCUCCAAACAUUGUACCACACAGAUAUCUGGCGCUUGGUUGUCUUCUUUUUGAAGCUGAGGAGCAGUACAGUGUAUGUAAAUCAGGAAGUUUGUACAUAGAGAAUUAAUGAUUGUAAGAUGUAUGAUUGUCUGUAGGGCAUUAUACUAAAACAGUGCUUACCUCAAGACUUACGAUAAAUCUCUUUUCUCUCCUGAUAUUUGUCUGGGCUCUCAGUACAUUUUUCUAUGUUUGCUUGUACUACCAACUGGACUGGUUAAUAUAAAUGUGCAGGAUAGCUCAAGUGUGACAUACUAGUGGCAAACUAUUACAAGAGCAGGUUGUGUGUGUACUAUUUAAAAAGACAUUGACACUAUAUAGGCCCAUAAACCUCUGCAAAAUUAAAAGCACUUUCUUGUAAAAUUUAUUUUCUCGGGCGUCUUGGGUCGAGCGUUUUUUUUUUUUUUUUUUUUUUUUUUUCUUGUGGCUUUGGUGAAAGUGGAGUAUCAUUUGCUGUGAUUUAAGUGGUUGGUGUAAGGAAAACACUGAGGAACAAUCCAGUCUUUAGCGCUACAAACAGCCUGCUCAGCCAGCAUAUGAUUGUAAGGCUUUGGUCAUUAUCCUCUGUAUGCUUGUGUAUAUCAAAUAUCCAAACAAGGUCGAUUUCAUCAUCACCGAACGUUUAACAUUCAUCAGCAGUUCUUCUGGCUUUAGAAUUCUCCCCAGUUGCACGACUCUUAACCGAGAUAGAAUCAAACGGGUUUUUGCAGGCUGACAGACGCUCCAAGUCUGAAGUUCUGACUCGCGAUCCGACAGUGGCUCGGCAAAUACAAUCACUUCUCUCAACAACACCCUGCGCUUUAUACUCUUUGAAGGUGUUUUGCUGUCUUUGUCAUGUCCCUCAGACCAUUUGAUGACUGUACCUUGAUUGUAGACACCCUAUUUUAUAAUGAGAAUUAUUUCAAAAUACAGUAUGUGCUGGUGUACAUUAAAUGUAUGGAAAAAGCUAAAUAAAAGCUGUUGAA